AUGGACGCUCCAGGUACUACGGGAGCUUCGCAGGUCCAGCCACGCUCGCGCAAGCGCCCUCGAGUCACCCGCGUUUCGGAAACUGGGAACGCUGCGGCGACAGGGCCUGUAGCACAAGCUGCUGCGGCCCAGGGCUGGGGACCCGCCACCGUUGUUGGUACUAGUAACCACGGUCAGGCCGUGCGUGCGACCGUGGACACCGUGCCCACUCAACAUCCUCCCACCUUCCCAUCGCAGCAACUCGACAGAUCGCACCAGGUCGCCGAGGCCGACGGAUUGAUGAACGGCUACAACGCCCCGCAGCACACGCAGUACCCUGAUCCCCAGCCGGGUCUUGCCUCCGCCACGCAGCCCGACACGUCCGGCCUCAGCAGCUUGAGCACCCUCGCCGGCGAUCACCAUCACCAUCAGCAUCAUCAGCACGGCGGUCAACAACACGGCCAGCACGGCCAGCACGGCCAGCACGCUCAACACGCUCAGCAGCAUCAUCAGCAGCAACCGCACCAGCAGCACCAACAGCAGCAGCAGCGGACUCCGGCCGGCAAGAAACCCGACCAUCUGAUAUUCCAGCACCAGUACGGUGCCAAUCCCUCAGCCGGCGACUCAUCGCCCGCCGUGGCGAACUCUUCAUCCGCCGCCCCCAGCUACAACAUUCCGGUGUGGUCCGUCACCGGCUCCAGCCCAGCGCCGCCGGCCGCGCCGCCCUCAUCGUCCUCGAUGCCUCCGCAGUCGCCCGCGUUGGGCACCACCGCUACCGGUCUGGCACCCCCGGAAAAUGGCAUCUACCGCACCUUUGAAGAACUCCUGUCGACAGUUCAGCGGACCGCCAAAGAGCAGGGCUAUGGCAUCGUCAAACUGCGCGCCAGCAACUAUCGCGAGGGCAAACCAACGCGGUACGAUCUUGUGUGCGAUCGCGGCGGCGUCAAGUAUAACAGCACCGCCAAGAAGCGCAACCCCAGCACGCGCAAGGUCGAUUGCCCGUGGCGCGCCAAGGCCGUGUGCGAGGUGAACCUGGGCCACCAAUGGCGCUUCCAAGUGCAAGAACAUCGGCACAAUCACGAGCCGCGCAUUCCCGCCGCCGUUCCUGGGCAAGAGAACACGCCCGUCGCGCAGAGCCUCCGGAGCUUGACCAACAAGGUCGACCGCAUGGCCCACGAAAUGGCGCAAGGCUUUGGCCGGCUGGAGAGUGCAAUGGCGGCCCGGUUGGACAACAUUGAGAAGCGACUCGAAGCGCUAGAGACGGGUCGGCCUUCGAUGCUCGGCGGCAACGGUGUGCCUUCCAUGGGCGGCCCGAGCAUGCCAACCGCCAAUAUGGGCGGCAGUAGCCUCGGCAACGGCUCUCUGGCAAAUGGAGGCAUGUCGUCUUUGGUAGACGGCCGGCUGGGCGGCGUCGAGAGCCGGCUCGCCCAGAUGGAACCGCGUAGCUUGGACGGUCUGCAAAUGAUGGAGGACGAGAACCGUCUGGGCAUGAUGGUCGGCUCGUAG